AUGGUGAUUUGUUUGGGGUUGGGGUAUGAUGCAGUCUUGCAGAUAAUAAAAACGACUGCUUCUACAUUGGACUACGAAAUGCCUAGAAAAUUUUGUUAUUUUGGUUGUAAGCUGGAUGUGCCUAUGCAUCGAUUUCCAAAACCUAACUAUAUUAACGAAGUUAGAUUUAAUAUGUGGUUGGCGGUUUUGUCUGAAGAAACAAAGCUAAAAGGAACAUCAUAUAUAUUAGGAAAUGUUUAUAUUUGUGACAGACAUUUUGAACAAAAGUUUCGCACUGCUGGAAAAAGGCUUACUGCUAACAGUUAUCCUUCUUUAAAUUUAUCUCAACAAUAUAGAGAUUUGGAUAGCGACAACUCAGAAAGUGCAAGUGUUGCUGAAGGAAUGCUUUCAACUGUUUCUUCAGUGAUGAAUAUUCAAACUGAAAUUUCACAUGCUACUAAAGAAACUUUGCCAAAGGCCUCCUCUUCAAAGGGUGAAUAUCACAUUAGUGAAAAGUCCAAACCUCAGCACCAAAGAGCAUAUGCACCAAAUGUGAGCCAGCCUAGUCCACUUUCAACGGCAGAAUGUUAUAAAAAAUUGAUCAGAAGUUGUUUGAGUAAUGAACCAGUUUCAAAAGCAUCUGCGCUAAAAGUGAGCUCACCCACAACUCCAGUUUCGACAGCAGAGCAUUAUAAAAUAUUUAUAAGAAAUACUUUGGAUAACGAACCACACUGUAACGCUUCAACACCACAAACGGACCCACUGGAUGUCAGAUUAAAGGAAGAUGUUUCUGUAAACAUUGAUUCAGAAGACACAGAGAUAGCUACCUUCUUGCGCAUAGGUAUCCAAGAGAGGAAGGAAAUGGAAGAGAAAAUGGACAAAGAGGGGUUGAAAUCACGAAAGGACGUUUAUUCUGAACGGAUCAAAUCCUUUUAUAUGGUAUUCAAGUACUCAUAG